UGCAAUUGCCAUAGCAACAGAGACUUAAGCAAGCUCGAUGUCUUAGACCAUAAACUACAUAAGCAAAUGGCAAACAUGGGUGCGGGUACAGUAUUUACUUAAUCUAGACAUUGGGCCAUUCAAGUACUGCUGACGGACUUCUAAGUGUUUUGUAACAGCUAAGUUGUUGUCUUAUCAAACAUGGGUGCAAAUGACCUAGAGGGCGAUUGACAGGAAUGACGUCAUGUUUCACGCGCGAGGUCACCAUGCAAUAUCCCAACAGGUGAUCAAGUCGGCUUUCUACUAAAGACUCCCGUCAAAUGUUUAACCGAAACUCAAUACCCGUGUCUUUUAUUCCCAGUAUUAUCGGAUAGAACGGCAGAAUGAUUUGAUUAUGCUCCUUGAACGCGACACAAUCGUUGUGCUAAUCAUUUUGGUCAGAUGUUAGACGGCGCUUUUGACUGGUGAGCCGCCAUGUUGGAGGUUUCUAGGGUAGCUAGGGUGUAACAGGGCACAACAGACACGCCUCUUCCAUUGUUGUAAACAAAAGACAGGUGAUCACAUACUUUAGUCCGCUGUAGGAAUGAUACCUCGGGUGGUGUGCAGUGUAUCCACUUGUCGUGACUAAGGGAAUGUAUCAUGGCUGAGACGAAAGGAAUUUUGUGGCAAGUUUUGUGACAUUUUUACGAGCAAGGCGCAGGACGGAGCGUUCAACAUGGGCUGCGGUGGCUCGAGGGAUGUCAGACCGCCGACGGGACAACAAGAUGGCCGCAUGAGCAAGGCAUCGUUCCAACCUCUUGUCAUGACGGUAGACAAUGGGCGCGUGGUCGGGAAAAUAAUCGACGAGACUGUCAUCACGAAUGGUACCGGCGAUUCGGACAAAUUCGAGAAGACGUCGACGUCCAAAAGUAGCAAGGCCGGAGAAGAAAAGACAAGAAGGAUGCGCCAGAAAUAUCUGAUCACCAAGUCAAGAAACAAAGUCCUGAGUUGGCACGCCAUUGUAGAAAUGAAGAGAAAAUCCAAACGAGUGGUCAAGAAGAUUCGGAAGCGGAACCGGCGCCCGAGAAAAUACGAAGAUCCACCUUCGGGUCCUCGGGCCGACCCUGCAAGUAUCGUCGUGCUUUUUGGCGACUCUUCGGAAAAAGAGACAGUGUUGCAAGACGGGGAUACUCCGCUUCUUGGAAUCCCCAAGAAACAAUUAAUUUCAGACAUCGGAGUCUUUAAAGACCUUGACGAAUAUGCCCUGCAGACGCCUGAAAGUGAAGAGGAGUCCAUAGAAAAGACGGUGGACUACUUGUUGCGUCGCGCCGGGACGGACCUGGAGAAGGCUCGGUCCAUCUGGCGAUGGGUCACCGCCAGAAUAGAGUAUGACGUCCCGGCCUUCAUGUCCGGAAGCUUUCCCGACAUGACGGCUGAGGCAGUGUUCACCAGACGCAGUGCCGUCUGCUCAGGGUACUCCGCACUCUACAAGAACAUGUGCAGCCUUGCAGGUCUCCGGUGUGAGGAGAUCUGUGGGAAGUCUAAGGGUGUCGGCUACAAGGUGGGCAGGAAGUUUAAGGAAGAGUACAACCACACCUGGAACGCUGUGGAGAUAGACGGGCGGUGGUACCUGUUAGACUGCACCUGGGGGGCAGGUGUGGUGGACACACAGAGGAACACUUUCAUCUUCAACUACAAUGAAGACCGCUUCCUCGCAGAUCCAGAGAUGAUGGUACUGGACCACCUCCCCUUGGACGACAAGUGGCAGCUGUUGGAAGAACCCAAAACCCUGGACCAAUUCGAAAGCGAGGUCCACCUCACCCCCGCAUUCUACGCAUGUGGCCUACAGCCUACCAACCUGAGCUUCCAAGAUGGCGUCAAGGAAACACAAAACGGUGGAAUUAUCUUUAGAGUUGAUCUUCCAAAAUACAUCGAUCUUUCUUGGGAAAUGACGGAAGAAGAUGACACAACACCGAUCAAGAGGAGCGUUCUGUACGAAAUAAUUAAAAACACGGGAUAUUUUCGUGUAGUACCGGCCCAAACGGGAUCUUUCAGGUUCUGUGUGACGUGCAAAACAGAAGAGGGGGACUGGGAAAUGGUUUGUGCCUACCUGGUUAACUGUAGUGAAGUGAAGGAAGACUUUGUAGGGUUUCCCGACAAUGACGGUCACCUAUGGGGUCCUGGCGGUGAACUUCAGCGAGGACACCUGGUGAAGGUCAGCCACCCAGUGGCGGUGUUGCAAACGGAAGACGGGGAGGUGACAGUUGAACUUGAACCCAAGGAUGUCCUGGACUUCUCCUGCGAGCUCUGCAAAGAUGGGGAAGAGGAUAUCGUAAAAGGGUGUAUGCUACACGAAGUUGUGAACGGGGCGGCACGCUUCCGACUCGCGCCUCCCGAAACAGGUUUCUACGCGCUGAAGAUAUACGUCAGUCCGUCUGACUCCGGGCAACAAGAUUUCCAACCUUUCGUAGAAUACAUCAUCGACUGUAAAGAAUCGUUAGAGGACGAUGACGUCUUCCCUGAUAACGAUGGUGCUGUCUGGGGACCAGGCGUCGCGCUGAGAGAAAAAAGACUCAAAAGUGUCAGCCAUACUGAAGCUGUAGUCGACACAAAAGAUGGGGAAUGUACCAUCACCACAGAGCUACCGGAAUGCAAUAAUGCAUCGGGUCAACUCUUCAGCAUUGAUGACGCAGAAAAUGACAUCAAGGGGGCUGUCCUGACAGAAAUAGUGGACAGAAAGACACACUUCAGAGUCGUCCCACCUGAUAGUGGUAAAUACAAACUGUCGUUGUUCACUGUAACGGACGGUUGUGACUGGGACCCCAUUUGUGACUACGUCAUCAAUUGUGAGACAGCCAAAGAUGACGUGGAACCGUUUCCUGACAAAGACGGUUGUGUAUGGGGACCUGGGCUGGCACUGGAGGAAAGAACGAUACUACAAACCAACCAACCAAGAGCGCUUGCAAAAACUGCAGACGGCGAAGUCACUAUAUCAAUGAAAACGUCAGAAGACACAGACUUUGCAGCACAACUGUUCAAAGCAGGCGAUGCGGACAACGAAAUAAAAGGUGCAAUUCUGUUUGAGAUGGUCUACGAUCAGGCAUGUUUCAAAGUUAUCCCUCCCGAACACGGGUACUACGCACUGAACAUCUUCACAGUGUCGGAAAAUAUGGACUGGCAACUUCUUUGCGAUUACGUGAUCUACUGUGAUGAACCAAACGUCGACGAAUACGGGCAACCGUACGGACCGGGCAAAGCCAUCCAAGACGGCAUCCUAAAAUAUGUCAGUCACAAAGAAGCUGUGCUGAAAACAGAGCAAGGAGAAGUUAAACUAUCCGUGGAGUUCUCUAAAGCCACGAACUUUUCGACUCAACUCUUUACGGUGGACGACAGAGACAAUGAAAUCACCGGUCACGUGCUCCACCAGAUCAUUGCCGGGAAAGCGCACAUUCAAAUCUUCCCACCGGAUGUUGGCACCUUCGUCAUGAAGCUAUGGACGACGACAGCUGAUUGGGAGUCAGUGGAAGUCUGCAGCUACCUCAUCCAAUGCAAUGAGCCGAAAGAAAACUUUAGAACCUUCCCAAAGACCCAUGGCUACCUAUGGGGUCCUGGACUUCAUUUAGCCAAUGGGAAGUUGUCCAACGCCAGCCAUAUACCUGCUGUAGUUGUCGCAAAGUCAGGGGAAGCGUGCAUCACAAUAGAGGCAGAGAAUGCAUUUAACUCCUGCGUCAUCCAAAACGUCGACGAAGAAUGCCUUCCUCCACAGCAUCACUUCAUGGAGACUGUGGGGAACAAGAUCACGAUUUGCGCGCGUCUGCCGGCGGAGGGAUAUUACGCACUGUCCAUCUGGGAAGAGGACGCCAACGACAAGAUCUACUACCUACUGAGGUGUGAUGAGGCUACGGAUGACCGUCCGCUCUUCCCACUCGUAAAUGAGUGGCCCCGGGGUUGUGAACUACACGAGCCAAGAGAUGGCAGCCUUCCAUCAAAGCAAAACAUUCACUUCCGGGUCACCUGUCCCUCAGCGGAGGGAUUGUGGGUUAUGCUAGCAUCUGGUGACCGGACGAACCUCACCAAGGAUGACAAGGGAUCAUGGGAAAGUGGCGUCAACACCGGAGCGCCUGGAGAUUUAACGCUUUGGUUGAAAAUGGAGGGAAAUUUGGAACGAGUUCUUCUCAUUUAUCAUGUUGUUUAAGCUGUCGACUAUGGACAGGAAACCGGUUAAUUGGUUGCAAUCAAAAUUGUAAACAAAAUGAACGGCUGGUACCUUCUGGUAAUUAGGAAAUGUAUCUUAUGCUGUGUCGAUGAAGAUUAGACACCCAGGUAAUACGAUAUGACAAAAGCAGUUACACAAGCAACUGGAUAGAUUUGGAAA